CCAUGCGUAAACCAAGACACUCCCGCGAACAUCUUUCCCGCGAAAUUUGCGCGGAAGUUGAAGUCUUGAACUGAGUUGAAGUGGAACUCUUCAGAACAACUGCCGAACUCUGCACGUGUUUCAUCCACUGUUGGCACAAUAAUAAUUUCCAACGAUGAGUGAAGACACGAAUGGAGAGCCAACAACCUUAAACGGGGUGCAGAGCGAGGUGCCAGUUGGGAACAGUGAGGGGCCCAUUGGGAAGAGGGAGGACUACCUGGAGUGGCCUGAGUACUUUAUGGCGGUCGCUUUCCUGUCUGCUCAGAGGAGCAAGGACCCCAGCUCUCAGGUUGGGGCCUGCAUUGUGAACCCGGAGAAUAAGAUUGUGGGCAUCGGCUACAAUGGGAUGCCCAACGGCUGCAACGAUGACCUGCUGCCCUGGGCUCGCGCUGCUGCUGACAGACUGGACACCAAAUAUCCCUAUGUGUGCCACGCCGAGCUGAAUGCCAUCAUGAACAAGAACUCUGCAGAUGUGAAGGGCUGCACCAUCUACGUGGCCCUGUUCCCCUGCAACGAGUGUGCCAAGCUCAUCAUCCAAGCAGGCAAUUUGUGCCGCGUCGCAGCAAGAUUGUCAUUGAUUUUAAUUCAAUUAACCACUCUGGAGGGAAGAACCUGUUGGGGUGACCGGGUGAGCUUGGUCUCCUUGAGCGGGCGGCGGCGUUGGCGGCUCUUUGACGGCCCUCUCCACGGCGCUCUUCCUGUGCCGCCACUGAUGCCUUCUGUUCUCUCCCUCUCCACACAAUCACACCGCUCACAAGCACCGCAUCUGAAGAAGCACCUCUGACUUUGAGACGGCGUGGAGUGUGUUUUGAUAUUUCCCUUUUAACGCACGCCUGCUUUUCUCUGGUAUGCUAAUCAGUUUGGGAGUGUGUGUGCGUGUGUGUGUGUGUGUGCGUGUGUGUGCACCUGCACUUCUGGCACCAGCUGUAAAUAAACAAUUGGGAAUUGGGAGGUGGCAUUAGGGAGGUGGUGUUUUUAGUCUGUUUUACUUUCUUUUAGUCUUUUUAGUCAACUUUAAAAGGAAAUGUUUUAUUAUUUCUGUUAUUAAAAGCUUUGCCGUGUAAAAAGUGGCAACACUAUACCCAAGGAAGGUGGUCAGUUGCACACUGUUUAUUCACCUUAGUCAUUUUGUAAAUGGUCGAAUUUGUUACUCUUUCUGGGCCUUGGCACAUGUUUUUUAUAAUAGCAGGUAUAAUGCUAGUCCAUAUAUUAUUCCACAGCUAUCACUGAAGUACUUCCUUUCUGAAAUUGUUACUUUUAACUCCUAACAGCCAGGUUCAGAUGUAGUCAGUCUCUCAUGUUUAUUUUGAAGGCAUUGAUGUGAAUGACUAACUAUUCUUCAUUAGAUGCCACAUAUUACACACCAAAAUACAUCCUCUGUGUGACUACACUACUGCUGUGACAAAAUAAACUUGCAAUCAACCAA